AAUCUUACGAGGGGCUAAUGGGAGCAAAUCACACAUCCGAUCCUCAGGCCCAACAACUUAAUUGGACAUUGGAAAAAUAAGAGGGACAAAACAGGCAAAACAGGAAAAGUUUAAUUAGGGCUUCUGAACCCUCCUCACUCAUAGUCCUUUUCUUUCGACGGCACUAGUGGCUUGGGAGCGCGCCGGUCCUCAGCCCUACAAGCUUUCCUGCAAGACGAGGAAAAAAUGCCAAAGCAAAUCCAUGAGAUCAAGGAUUUCCUUCUGACUGCUAGAAGGAAGGAUGCACGCUCUGUUAAGAUCAAGAAAAGCAAGGAUGUGGUGAAGUUUAAAGUUCGCUGCUCUAAGUACCUUUACACACUUUGUGUGUUCGACACAGAGAAGGCUGACAAGUUGAAGCAAUCCCUUCCUCCAGGUUUGAGUGUGCAGGACGUGUAAAGAGAGGCAGUACUUCCCAGAGUGUUUUUGCUAGUGCCAUGAGAAGUUGAGAUAUCUUAUGCGUUUUUAUUUUCAUGCUUCGAAUUGUUAGACCUUAAUUUCAUUACACUGCAGCAGUCCUUGGGUAACAAGAAACCUUGCAUUUUCUUUCGACAUGAUGUGUAGACUUGAUAACAUUUCAAAAGACUUUUUAUUUAUACGAGUUGUUUUAUGUCUUUUCACUUUCAUAAA